ACGCUCCCUUUCCUCUGCGGCUCGAUGAGGUCACAAAGGCGAGAGAGAAAAAGGCGUCUUUGUCACGUGGCGAAGGAGUGCGCCUGCGUCUUGCGGGUCGUUCUGCGCAGGCGCGCAAGGGAAGAGGCGGAGGAGGAGCGGGGAGGAGACCCCUGGUCCCGGAAGUGUGCCGUUUCCAGGGAGCGGACCGGGUUGAGAACCGGUGCGGCGGAGCUGAGUCUCGGAGAGCGGCGGCGGCGGCGGCAGCAGCCAUGUCGGCCUUCGACACCAACCCCUUCGCCGACCCCGUCGACGUCAACCCCUUCCAGGUGAGCGGGAAGUGUGUGUGUGUGAAGGGAACACCUGUGGCCGCGGAGGGCGGGGGGCCACAGGCUACGCCCCUCGGCUCUGCCCCCCCUCGAAUGCAAAAGAGCCCCGGGGUGGGGGCGGGGUGGAGGGGUCUCCGUGGGAGCAGGAGGGCGGCAAACCCCCUUCCCGCUCCUUGUGGCCCCAGAGGUGGCAGGGCCUGGAGCGAGCCGGGCUUAAGUAAGCUCGCUCCGUGUAGGCUCCUAGCCACGUUGAGGGAUCUUGGCCCUCGAACCAAGAAGCCCUGUUUCUCAGUCACCCCUUACGACAGGCUUCCUCAACCUCGGCCCUCCAGAUGUUUUGGCCUACAACUCCCAUGAUCCCUAGCUAGCAGGACCAGUGGUCAAGGAUGAUGGGAAUUGUAGUCUCAAAACAUCUGGAGGGCCGAGGUUGAGGAAGCCUGCCUUAUGGUUUAGGGGUUAGGCUGGGUCAGAUGAACAACAACUGGGAAGAUCUAGGAGUUUUGGGAUUUGAGCUCCUUGGAGGAAGACUGGAAUGAAAAUGCAAUGAAUGAGGGAAUUGAUAAAUAAAAUAAAAGCGGUCACAUGUCUCUUCAUUGCCCAGUGAACAUAACAAACCCUCCAGAAGCAGGUGUUAUAUCACAAUGAACUGCAGGAAUGGGAAAGGGAAGUUAUGGAUUUAAGCCCAAGGUAAAUUACAGGGGGGAUUUCCAGUCUGGCCUGAGACAAGAUUUGGGGCUUCUUCAGUUAUGAAUGGAUGUGGCCUGUUACCUUAAUUCUAACAGAAAAUCAAAGCCUAUGCUUUUAAGAUUACCCAUCUCAUGUUGCUUCUUAAUACACGGGAUCAUCUGAGGAUGGGAUGGGGGCAUAUCCAUCCUUAAACACAAAUGUUGUCUUGGCAAACAGGUUUUUCCUUUGAGAACCAAGUGGCAGGGAGGCAGAACUGUAUCUUCAUUGUUGAGGAAAAGGAGUGUUUGCUUACUGACACUUUUGGGGAGCUGUAAUUUUUGUACACUCUGGAGUUUGUAGCAAUUUUCUUAAUUCUUUGACUUGUACCAGUCAGAGCUUGCUGCUGCUCCAUUCCUGCUUGCUGCUCCUUCUCAUGACAGAAUUAUGAGCAAUGCUCUGUAGUGAUGUUGCAGUUUCCUUUCCUGAGCUGCUCUGUCAAGAACUAGCACCAGGUUUUUGAUACUACACUGCAUUAUCUCUUGAAAGGGGCAGAGUUGCAUGUGUGCAUACUGUUAACAGUUCUACUUGAGAAGUACACUUUUUAAACUUUAGAUUAUAAGCCUGUAGGUAGGAAUUUCUAGGUUUGAAUUCAUUCCCAGUGCCGAGUAUCCUUUAGGCACUUUUACAAUUAUUAUAUGACAACUUAACCAUUCAUCAUGUACAGUGCAUAGUGUGCUUUAGGCACUUAAGCAAAUAAUAAAUGACAACUUACCAACACGUCUAUUGCAAAUGCCAGCUGCUUCUGUCAAGCAGGGGUGAAGAACCUGUUGCCCUCACUAAAUUGUUGGACUCCCACCUCCCAUCUGCCUCAGCCAGUAUGGCCAGUGAUCAGUAUCAAUGAAAGUUGUCUGGCAACAUCUGGAGACUGCCAGAUUGGCUACCUGUUGCAGAGCUGUCUGGCUGCCAGGCAUCCAGCUUCAUUGAUCUGAACACCUCUUUAUGUGAUGGGAUGAAUUUGAGUGCUAAUUCUACUGUUGCUGUGGGAAAUCGUAAUCCUUUUGGCUUGUUUAUAACAGCUUUAACUCUUCUUCAGUUUCUCCAGUAUUGCUUUUCCUAUUAGCACAUCACUGUCAUAUUGCUACUUUGCUUUGACUCUGCCCUCCUACAUCUGAUGCUUCUCAGGUGUACAUGAGAUGGGUGGAAUGAGAACAUUACUGCCUACUAUGAAAGCUCAUAAUGUAGAUCUGAUUCUUUUAGGACACUGAAUUUGCAGUCCUAAACAUAUUUGCUCUAGGUAGUCAGCCCUAUGAAUGCAGUGGGACUGACUUCUGAUUGAAUGCACAGAGAAGCUGGACUGCUCUCCUCUCUGUAUCUGGUCAAUUCAAUCUGAUGUGCCUGGGUUUAAAGGAGCAUACUUAAUGGCUUAAGUUGGUUCUUCAGAGUUAAGCCGCAGAACUUUCCUUGGAUUACCCAGUUCCUUUUUUGAAUCCAUCUUUAUCAACAUUUAUGACUUUAGGCAUGUCUUAAGAAUCAUUAAUUAAAAUGCAUACACAUGCAGAACAGAUUAUAUAUUUUACAACCUUUUGGGUGUUUACUUGGAAAUAAGGCCAACUAAAUGCAGUGGUAAUUUCAAGGAAUUGUGCAUUGGAUUGCACUCUUUCUCUAGCACGGGUGGUGAACCUGUAAACCUCCAGAGCUUAGAUUCCCAGCCUGCAUAGCCAAUGGGAGUUGUAGUCCAGCAAUAGAGUGCAGUAGGUUCCCUGCUCCUACUUCAAUAUAGCCAGCUUGUGUAACUGGGAGAUCUUGCGAGAGCUGUGGUGAGGAAAAGGCCCUAUACCUGACACACUUUAAGCUCAGCCCUACAGUGUGGUGAGGCAGCACAUAGUAAAUGCAGGUGGCAUGACUUUCCUUUUUUGAAGGCCUGAUCUUACAUGUGAAAUUAGCCUUGUGAUAUGGCUUGUAUACACACUUUCACACAAGUUGUUUGUAUGAGUUGUAGUGAGAACCCCUGGAACUAAGGGUGUGUGGGUGUGCUUCUGACAAAGAGCUUCCUGUGUGGAGUAGCCCCUGUGUGGUUGUGUCUUCAAGAAGUUUCCGCACUGCUGAAGGCAUGUAUUAAUCUGGCCUAAUAAAUGCCUCCAAGUUAGCAAGUCAGACAUGCUUGCCAGGAAAGGGCUUUUUCUUUGCCGGCAAGGAUCCUCAGUUGUUGAAGCCCCCAAGUGGGAAGGGCUGGGCCGCUGGGAUGAAGCAGUUGUUGCAAUUGUGUCAGGUGGCACUGGUGCAAAACAACCUUGUAUUGAAUAAGCUGGUUUUAUAGCCAGUGUGGCAAAUCUGUGGUUCUCCAGGUGUUCUGGACUCCCAACUCCCACCAGUCACAGCCAGCAUGGCCAAACGGUCAGGGAUGAUGGGAGUUGCAAUGUAGCAUGCUUGAACAUCAGCAGGUCCCCCAUUCCUGCUCAAGUGAUGCAUUCUCCCCCGGCACUACAGUGUUUUUUCUUUUUCCUUGUCAAACCGUUGGGUUCAGGGGUAAAUAUACAAAACUCAUGGGCACUGUCCUCUCUUUUCAGCUUUCAGGGGAAUGAAUCUCCCUAGGAGCUUUUCUGUUCCCAGAGUGUCACUCAUAUUUUACUAAACAACAUUGGCAGUGCUGGCCAUCUCUGAAACAUGCCUUUGUUUAUCAAGGGAGUUGGCAGAUGGCUCCCGAUCCAGCGUUUUAAUCUUGGAGACCUGGGUGUGGGUGUGCAGAUCAAGCUAUUCAGGUAGCUGCAGUUCUGAACUCCCAUGUGAGAACCAAGGUUGCUUUGUGGCAAUCAGCUAUUGAAGCCUUCCAGUUUAAAGGGCCGGCAAACUGCAACAAAGCUAACAAUAGCAUAGAGACCUUUCCUGUUGUUCUAGUUACUAAAAGGUGUUUUUCAACAUUCUUGGACUGUGUAUGGUACUGAGCCUUUUAUACUUAAGUUGUGUAUGUGCUUUCUAAGGCUGUAAUUUUUAAUUGAUUAAAAAUUUAGUAAAAAGGCAAUUGAUCAACAUAUUUUCAAUUUCAAACAGUAUUUAGUACUGUACUUUUGUUUAAAGUAAAAGCCACAUAUAGGAGGCAAUGUUUUGGAAGAGGCACUAACCAUUUCAGUCCCUCUUCCAGGAUGGUACCUGCAUUCACCACAGAAAACAAAGACUGUAUGUGUUUUUCCUCUUCAAAAUGUUUUAGUAAUAUGGACACUUGCACAGAUUUUAUCCAAUUAAAUUGCAUAGAUACUGAGCUAGCACUGAUCUAAUCAAACAUGUUUAUUUGCCUUUCUCUCCUUCGAUCAAUACUCCCCCCCCCAAGUCCCCCCCUUUUUCUUCUGGAGUUGUAUCUGUUUUCAUUAUAAAUAUUUGCCAUUUUAAAAAGAGAAAAAAAUGAAUGUUCAUCAUCACCGUGUGACAACCCUGGGGUCUUCUUUUCUUUUUCUUUAUUUACACAUAAAUCUGAGAACAAAUGAAAAUUAUGCAAAAAAAAAAAAUGGUGGGGCAAGAGGAUAAAAUGAUAAAAAUAAAAGAGUUGGGAUGGUUUUUCCAUAGUACCACCUAUGAUCUGGGCAGUCUGGAGGUGGUGAGUGAUGCCCUGGUUUAACUGUGUGUCUCUGUGAAGGUGGACCAGGUGUCCUGGUCUGGGUGCUGGUGUUUUACAUAGCACUACUUUGUGUGUGAAAACAGCUGAUAGGCUUUUCUACCCAGGAGUCGUCCAUGGUACUGCGCUUCCUUUUGAUUCUACUUUUUGAGAACAAGUCAUUCUGCCAUGGGGGCAACUCACAGGAAGCAUUCAAGGGACAGCAUCUGCCUUCCCAUAAUGGUGCUUAGGAGAUUUUCCCAACCCUAAAUUGCCAGAAAGGGGUCACCGCUAGAAAGCUUCCUUUUGCUCUUGUUUCUUGGUACAGUGGUACCUCAGAAUGUGAAUGGAAUCCGUUCCGGAGCCCUGUUCGCAUCCUGAACAUAACAUAAGAUGCGACAGCACGUCUGUGCGUGCCGCAUUUCGCCGCGCGUGCGCGUGACGUCAUUUUUGACCACCUGUGCAUGUGUGAGCAGCGAAACCCGGAAGUAAUGCGCUCCAUUACUUCCGGGUCGCCGCGGAGCGCAACCCGAACGCGCUCAACCUGAAGCAUAUUUAUCCCGAGGUAUGACUGUAUUUCAUUGGAUCAGCUCUUCUUCCCUUCCUGUAAUUGCUAUCAAUGAAGAAUAAAUCUGAACUCAAAUGAAACCCAUGUUUUCAUGUUAUCUUGGAAUUAGAUCCUUUUUAAAGUCUAGCAAUGAGUCUUGCACAGGCUUCCUCAACCUCAGCCCUCCAUAUGUUUUUGGCCUACAACUCCCAUGAUUCCUAGCUAGCAGGACCAGUGGUCAAGGAUGAUGGGAAUUGUAGUCUCAAAACAUCUGGAGGGCUGAGGUUGAGGAAGCCUGGUCUUGCAUAAUGAAAUUGGAAGCUUCUGUAGUAACCCACUUAUUGCUUUUAACAGAAGCAUUGUUACUUCACUUUCCCGAAGGUGGUUAUGUUAGCCUCUUGCAGGGAAGACAGCAAAAGGUCUAGUGAUGCCUUAAAGACUAACAAUAGUCUACAAUGUUCCAGGGACAUUGAUUUCCCUUUGCUUCUGCUUUGAUGCCAUUGUUUUUCUCCCCCUCCAAAAAGCAAAUCAUUUGUCAUUUAGCUUAGAGAAACAUAAUCAAAAGUUUUUUUAAACAAAACCUGUUUUUGAAUACUCUGUAGUAGCUAAUUGACUGAAUUGGCCUUAAAUUGAGCUGUUUACUCCCCAUCUUUUUUUUACUCCCGUAGACUAGCCAUCUGGAGUCAACUUUUUGAGUCCUGAGGAUUCAUCUCCACUAUCUAGCCAGCUUGCCUCUGUCUCCUAUUCUUGCAUGUUGGCAUCUAAGAGACUCCCAUCACAUUAAGCUAAAACCUGCUAUGGCUUAUGAGCUGUGAUUUUGGGCUUCCCUACCUUGAUUGUGAUAGACCAAGUGCAAAUCAUUUUAGUGAGCAGAAGGCACUGUAGUCUUUUCCUGAUUUUGUUUCUGCAGCGGGGGGAGCGGGGAAAACAGGUGUACGGUUUGCUUAAGGGUGAGCUAGAUCAGUGUCUGUGCAUGUCUACCUUCUUAAAUUAAACCUGCCUUCUCACAUCUCUUGUACUUCUUGCAAAUUCUAAAGAAUAAUUUAUAUCUAGCGUGAAAACCAUUCUAUGAUCCCUGCUCCUGAUUUCCAGAUAUGUCUCUGCUCUGUGUCUAUAAUCUUUAGACUGGCAUAACGUUGCAGGGAGAUCUUGUGACUUUUAAACGGAUACUUCCUUGUAUUUUGCUUCACUUUUAAGAGCUAAAAGUCUAGAUUAAGACACGCAGUGUGCUCACAACAGCUUCACAAGAACACAGUUAUCUAGAGGGAAGAUAUCACUAGAAGUAGGAAGAAUUGGGGCGGGGAGAUUUCUAAAUGCAAGCAAGAGGCCGUAUUUUAGUGGUUAUGUGCAUUAUAUAUGGAAGAUCCAGGUUAAAUUCACUUGGUGUAGGUGGGCAAGUCCUCAGUCUGAGGCCUUCGGUGGCCCCUGCAAGUCAGGUUGGAGAAGACUGAGUUGGGGGAACCAGUGGCCCGAGUCUGAAAAAAGCAGCUUCUUAUGUUCCACGCUAGGCAAGAUUUGGAAAGCUAAACUGCUGGUGACACCAGUGACACUGCAACUUGCUUCCAGAAGUUUUGCAAUAGGAAAUACAACCAUCCAUUUUGCAUCACAGCCAGAGCUUUGAACGCCUGUCUUCGUCUUCUUUCCAUCAAGCUCUGCAGCCAAAGUCUCCCCUCUGCGUGGUGUUGUGCUCUGUCAUUGGUGCAGCUUGAUCACUCAAAAAUAUUUGUAACGGCUUCAGCCUGCCUUGCUGAUCUCUCAGCUCCCAUCAGUUCAAUGCUCUGGUCAGUGGUUGAAAUUAACCAGUUGUCAGGCUUUUUUUGAGUGGGGGGACAGGGACUCAGGAGUGCCACCUAGCAACCAAGUUGAGAUUUCCAGUCAAGUGGUUUGCAAAUGAUAUCUCAGCAGGAGAGCCGAGGGCAACUUCUGUUCCCUUUCAGGAAGGCUUUUGAUGUGCUGAGAAGAGGAAACCUUUCCAUUGUUGUACAGUUGUCAUAAGUAAGCAAACUGGGAAGAAGCUCUUUCACACAGUUGCAGGAGGGGAGAUCUGGUUGAUUUUACCCCCUCCCCUUCAGUCUUUUGCUAAAACAUGCUGUGGUUUGCAAACAAGCAGUAAGGGUAAAGGGACCCCUGACCAUUAGGUCCAGUUGUGACUGACUCUGGGGUUGCGGCGCUCAUCUCACUUUAUUGGCUGAGGGAGCCGGCGUACAGCUUCUGGGUCAUGCGGCCAGCAUGACUAAGCCACUUCUUGUGAACCAGAGCAGUGCACGGAAACGCCGUUUACCUUCCCGCCGGAGCGGUACCUAUUUAUCUACUUGCACUUUGAUGUGCUUUCGAACUGCUAGGUUGGCAGGAGCAGGGACUGAGCAACGGGAGCUCACCCUGUCGCAGGGAUUUGAACCUCCGACCUUCUGAUCGGCAAGUCCUAGGUUCUGUGGUUUAACCCACAGCGCCACCCAAGUCCCUUGCAAACAAGCAAGCAAGCUGCAAAUACUUAAUGAAUUGCUUCUCUCUUUUGGAGGCAGGGGAAGCAGGAGGGCUGGCUGAUUAUUAAGGGAUCUCUCUUGGUGAUCUUGCUUCUCAAAAGUGAAAUGGUUCGAGCAGUAAAGCAGUGCUUCCUUUCUUGCCUUGCCUUUCAUUUCUUCUAAUAAUAUUUUUGCUGGCUGGCUUGGAAGAAUAAAGGUUUACCCCUUUUAUUUGGAUUCUACUGCAUUUUUUUUCUAGGAAUGCAGGUUGAGCAUGGGGGUGGAGAGAGCAUGCUGCAAAUUAUGACAAAAAGGAGUGUGGUUUUUUGGGCGGGGUGUCUGUUCCUGUGUACCUGGCCACUCUGAAGUUUGCUUUUGUGCAUCUGAUGGCGUGUUUGGUAUGGAGGGAGGAGUGCAAGUAGAAUAAAUAUUCUUAUAUCUUGAAAUAUAUAAGAAAACCAUUCUGAUCUAGUUAUUGAUUCCAGUCCUGCAUAUUUGUGACUGCCAGUGAGAUUUACUGGAUGUGUGUUGUCUGCUUUUUGAACCUGUCUGCAGCACGAGACAGAGCAUCUUUCUAGCUCUUCCUGGAGUUGCGUUAGCAAAGUUGGCUGAUGACACCAAGUUGAUCAGUAUAGUUUUUAACUACAAGAGGAUGUGAGGCACUCCAAAAAGAUCUCUCUGAACUGGAUGAAUGAGCAUUAAAAUGAUAAAUCUGAUUCAGUGUGAGCAAGUUUUAAGUGAUGCAUGCUGGGGCAAAAUAUCCUAGCAUUGCAUAUAUGCUAUUGAGGUCUGAGGUGGCAGGACUGAACAAGAACCGAGAUCUUAGGGUCAUAGUGGAUAACUCAGUUAAGAUGUUGACCCAGGUUGUGGCAGUGGUAAAAAGAGGUUAACUAUAUUUUAGAGAUCAUUAGGAAAAGGAUUGAAAGUAGAGCUGGAAAUAUAAUGGCCUUAUACAAGUCUAUGGUGCAGCUGCACUUGGAAUGCUGCGUGCAAUUCUGCUCACCACGUCUCUUAAAGGAUAUUAUCAUGCUGGAAAUAUUGUUUUUAGAAAUGGUGGAGUAUCAUCACCUAACUGUAAAGGAAGUGCUUUCCUUUACAUAGAUUAAAAACAUUAGAACUUUGGAAAUAAUCAUGUUAUGUGGGCCUGAUGGACAACUCCACCCAUCACAGAAGCUGUGACUUUGCAAACAGAAAGGAAAUGAGAGCCCAGUGAGAGCCAGUGCGGUCUAGUGGUUAGAGUGUCAGUAGGACUAGGACCUGGGAGACCAGGGUUCGAAUCCCCACUCAGCCAUGAAGUUCACUAGGUGUUACUGUCCUAUACAUGCCUAAAUUUAAGUCCUGCUGUGCUCUCUGUAUUACCUGUUUUGCUGUAGCUGGUUACAAGCCUCCAAAUACCACAAAUCGCAAAAAGAGCCAAAUAAAUUCUCUAUGAAAAAGUAAAUGGAAAGUGCUGCUGCAUUUGGGGGGGGGGGGAGAGAGAAUAGCAACUAGCCCCUUGGUUUUUGUGCCCUUAACCCAGGUUCCAUUUUUCUGAUGUGAUGGCUACCUCCUUAAGUAAGUGCAAAAACCUUAUGGGGUUCCUUAGUUUUUCCCUCUUGAGUCUGCACCUAUUAGCGUGCAAGGCAAAGGAAUGUGCAACCCAGCCCUGUAGAUGUUUACUUAGGAGUAAAGGGAGCCUCCUUAUACCAUUGGUCCAUCUAGCUCUGCACUGCCUGCACUGACUGGCAGCAUCUUGUCAGUGUUUCAGGCAAGGGACAUUCCCAGUCCUGCCUGGAGAUAUGGGGGGUUGAACCUGGCAUAUUCUGCUUGCAAAACAGAUCCUCUGCUAUGCGUAGGUCCCUCUGGCCAACAGGAGCAUCCUCCAUGGUACACUUGUAUCAGACCACAGCCUUCGUCACAGGUUGGCUUGCACCUGUUUCUUCUUUUCUUCUUCCUGGAGUGAUUCAUGAGGUUGUGCAACAACAUGCUUAUGCAAGGAGUGUCAGGGCUCAGGCUGUUUGCCUGCAGUUAUUCAUUAAACGAGAGCUUGCAGCGUGCAGAUGAAAGCUGGGAUGAGACUAGGUUUUUGCCCAGCACCAUAGGCCUCCUCUCUCUAGACUGAUUUGCAGCACACACUCUCCUCUCCCGUUGUUGCUUACAGUCUGAUUCGCACUGCUUGGUCAUGUGUGAGCAGUUUAAUCUGAUUCAUUAUUUGUUUGGAGGCAAGGCCAGCCACUUCCAUUUUUGCAUGUUUGGAUUUAUAUGACUAUUUCUAAAAUAUGCUGUACAGCUGUAAACAAAGCAGUUAGGAGUGAACUUUCCCCUGGGCGCUUGAGGGAUGCUUCAUCUAGGCAUUUGUGUGGAACUUUGUCACUCAGUCUGCCCAGCCCACAAGGUGGAAAAAUUUGUUGUGGUCCCAUGGCAAAAGGGGUCCUGCACCACUAAAUGGAAAGGGACACCACUUUCCUAUCUUAGUUCUCUUUAGGCAAAAACUCUGCUCCAGGAAUCCUGCAUUUCCUCUCUCUCCAGAUCCCUUCAUUGGCUUUCCAUUCUUUCCUGUAUCCAGCAUAAACCACUUUCAGAGUGAGUCAGAAGGUUUCUGCAACUUAUCAUUUGACCCUUGUUUCUUGUUCUGUUCCCAUUUGUGACCUCUGCCCCUCUAACACAGUCACCCUCAGGUGAUCAUCUCCUGCUUCCUGAAACAAUGCUUUACAGCUACAACCCCAUGUCAGUUUCCUCCUCGAAACCUUGGUUUACCUUAAACUUCAUUCUCUGCCCAGUUAAGCUUUAAAUUAGUGUAGUGACAGUCAGUCACAUUCUCCUCUCUCUAUUCCUUACUAUCUCUAUUCUGGACAGAAAGCUCUUUGGGAGCAGUGGCCUGUCUGUUGCUUGUAUAACUCUUGUAAAAUCCUGUGCAUUUUAAAUAAAGAAUAAGGAAGUAUGGUCAAGAGGGCGUGUGGAUUUGGUGUUUUUCUUUCACAUUAGGAGUCAGUGAAGCCAUUGUAGCUGGCUGGGGAGGAGGGCAAAUCCCACUGUGUUUGGUUUGGGAGUGAGCAAAGAGAAAGGAAGUUCACAGGCAAUUUUUACAAAUAAAGUGCAGCAUGCAUGCAUGCCCUGUCUACUGGUGUGAACAUCCAACUGCACAUACUUAUCAGGAGUUGCCAUGUGUUAAAUAGCAUUUCCCCCUCUUCUCUUCCAGGAUCCUUCAGUCACGCAACUGGCACAUGCUAACCAGGGUGGCCUGAAUGAAUUCAACCCCUUCUCUGAGAGCUCCCGGCUGGUAAGUGCAGCAUGGGGUCAGGCCCUGUGCCAGUUAGCAAGGCUGCCUUCAUGAAGGGAUCUAUUUGAAACUGCCAAGGAUCAGCAUGCUUCACUUUCUGGGCCUACAAAGCACCUCUCCCUUUCACAGCUCCCUUCUUUCAGUGCCUGUUGGCACAGGGAGAGGCUCAGUUCAGCAUUUGUUUUAUUAUUUCACAUUGACCACGUGCUGUCACAGAAAUGCAGAAAAUACAACCCAAUGUAUAUUAAUCAUGUAUAUUUGGAAUUUUGUGUGAAUUGGUUUCUAAUAGUAAGUUAACCAAUGUUUGUUGUCAUCACAGCGGUCUUGGGGACAGUUCACAAAGAUUUCGUACAAGUAGCACAAAACAGAGAUAAUGUUAAGGUGUAAGUUGCAGGCUUGAGUCAUAAUCCUUGGCUUCUGUUUGCCAGUAAGUCAGUCUUGCUAAUAAAAGUUCCCCUAGAUUGACAGUAGCUUGGAAAAAGAUUUGUUUCUAACUGAUUCUCUUUGAAAAGGUAAUACAUGGUAUCCCUGGAUUCUCCUGGGCCACGGAAACAUAGAUGGGCAUCGUAUGGAAGUCAGACAAAUCUCCUUUCCAAAACAGCUGUUGGCAUCAGAUUAAGCCCAGCUUUCAUUCAACAGCAGUGCACCUGGUAGCUCCUUCAGGCUACCAUAUGUAGGUAGACUGAAUGUGCUGGCAGAGGGGAGGUGGAUUGCUCUGUCCCUCCUCCAUGGCCUGCAUGGAAACUAAGCAGGUUGGCAGAAGAGGGACAGAACACACUUCCCCUCCUCCAGCAGUGCAUUUGACAGAAGACAAUUCUUUAGCCUGUGUUUCAUGGCUGGCAGCAGAGCCAAGAGCUUCCCAGGCAGCAUGACUAGCAGGCUAGUAAAACAACAACAGCAAUAUGUUCAUGGUAGUAUCUUUUCUGGUCUUAGUAAUAAGGUUGGACUGAACUUUGGAGUAAGUUCCUUUCUGGGGCACAUUUGCACUAUACAAGCAGUAUCAUACUACUUUAAACGAUCAUGGCAUCCCUCAAGUAAUCCUGGGGUGCUGAGAUUUGUUAGGGGACCCCCACAUUCCCUGGGAAGAGGGGUGGGCUGUCUGCCCGGUGCUUCCACAGCAGUAAAGCCAGAAGCCCUUCCAGCUCAUCCCUCACAGCCUUCUGAUGUUUUCCUUUCUCUUGACUCAGACGAAUGUGGCUCAGACAGUUCCAGCUGCUCAGCCUACUGCGCCUUCGCAACCUGCUGUGCUGCAGCCUUCGGUGGAACCCACCCCACAGGUAAAGACCUCCCACCACACCUGGGUGGUGCCCUGAGGGCUGAUUGAUCACUAGGAAAUGUAUCCCUUCAGCUCUCCUCUUAUUGGGAUGCACCCAUCUCCCUCUUGGCAAGGACUGGGGUGGAGUGUGCUUUACAAACAUGUUCCCUGUGACCCAAGAUCCAAAUUAAAGACUUCCAAAUUCCUAUCACCUGUGACACCCCCUUGACUAGAAUGGCCCAGACUUUAAAGCUCCCCUCCUGCCCCAUGCUUUUCUGCUAGUGGCACACUGAUCAGGGUUUAUGGGAGCUGUAGUCCAGAUGAGCACUAGGAGAGCCACAGGGUCACUAGCCCUGGCCCUUGUGACUCUUUGUGUGUGUCUUUGUGUCUUUGUUUGUGCAUGUGUGAGAGAGCGCACACACGGCGGCUCUCCUUCUGCCCCCAUCCCACCUGUCCUUCCAUUUUUGUGUGUCUCAUAAUCUAACUUGUUAAAGAGCCUUAGUGCCUUAGUUCCAGUGAGUGAUCAGGCCAGACCCACCCAGUGAGUUUAGACCCAGCCUAGUUGUGUGUUGCAGCUGCUGCUUAGACAGGCCAGCAAGUACCUGACUCCUAAGUUCAUCUCGGCAAGCUCAGAAGGCUCAGAGAGGCAGAGGUUACUUGGAGAAGACGGCAGCUCUCAGGGUAAACAUCAGGUAAAAAGGGAGGGCAGGGAAACCCACAGGAAGGUGAGAUGUCUCCCCAAUAUAUCGAUCCUUUUCUGAUCACAGAGUCCACACCCACACAUUUAAAGCACUUUAAAAGUCAUGGGUUUUCCCUAAAGAAUCCCGGGAACUAGUAUUCUUUGGGUGAAGCCAUGUGUUUUACAUGUGCACAGUGAGCGUGGCCAAAAUCAUACAGAGUUGGAAGAGACCUCAGGUGCCAUCUAGUCCUUCCCUCUGUGGAAGAAGGGAAUGGUGUUUAAUGUUGCUUGGAAUGGUCCUUAAAAUGUAGGAGGUCCCUUGCAUGGAGAAGACGGAGAAAUGCUAUUGGGUGACAGAGAGAAGCCGGAACUGCUCAACACCUACUUGCCUCUGACUUCACCCACAAGGAAAGCAGUGCUCAGCCUGGUGAUAACAGAAUAAAUGAUGCAAGGAGGGAGCUGCAGCCCAAUAUAGAAAAAGAGAUAGUAAGGGAACACCCAGCUGCUUUAAACGAACUCACAUCUCUAGGGCCUGGUGAGCUGCAUCAAAGGGUACUAAAGGAGAACAGGUGAGGUCCCUGCAGUCUGGAGUCGGGCAACUGUCCCCAUCUUCAAAAGGGGGGGGGGGAGAAAACCCAGGUAACGACUGACUGGUGAGCUUGAUGUUACCAGGAAAGGUCCUAAUUAAACUGUCAGUCUGUGAGCACAUAGAAAGGGUUACUGUGAUUACUAAGACAUGGGUUUCUCAAAAACAAGUUGUGCCAGACAAAUCUCAUUUCUUUUUUUGAUAAAGUUACAAGCUUACUGGAUCAGGGGAAUGCUAUGAAUGUAUUGUAUCUUGAUUUCAGAAAGGCUUUUGACAAAGUGCCCUAGAUUUCCUUGUGGAGUAGCUGGCAAAACGUGGCCUGAACAAGCUAACAGUUAGGUGGCUUUGUAGCUGGUUCACUAAUGUUUCCUCAUUAUCCUUGAAGCAAGGGACAAGUGGGGUGCUGCAGGGUUCUGUCCUGGGCCGGUUGUUACUCAACAUCUUUAUAAAUGACUUGGGUGAUGGAAUUGAGGGGAUGCUCAUCCAUUUUGCAGGUGACACCAAACUUGAGUGAGUAGCUAAUGCUGCAGAAGACACAAUUGUGAUUCGAGAUGACACCUGGUUUGCCAGUAGUAUGUGUGAAAAGGAUCUAGGGGUCUUAGUAGACCACAAGCUGAAGAUGAGUCAACCGGGUGAUGCAGCAGGGAAAAAAGCUAAUGCUGUUCUAGGCUGCAUCAACAGCAGUCUAGUGUCCAGAUCAAGAGAAGUAAUAGUCGUGCUCUAUUCUGCCUUAGUUAGCCCAUGCCUAGAAUACUGUGUCCUGUUCUGGACAGCACAAUUUAAGAAGGAUAUUGACAAGCUAGAACAUGUGCAGAAGACGGCAACCAAGAUGACCAAGGGUUUGGAAACCAAGCCUUAUGAGGAAUGGUUGAAGGAGUUAGGUAUGUUUAGCCUAGGAAAGAGGAAACUGAGAGGAGAUAUGAUAGCCAUCUUCUGAUAUCUAAAGGGCUUUCACAUGGAGGAUAGAGCAAACUUGCUUUCUCCUGCUCUGGAGGGUGGUAUUCAAAUCAAUGGCUUCAAGUUACAAGAAAGGAGAUUCGGACUAAAUAUCAGGAAUAAUUUUCUGACAGCAGGAGCUGUUCAACACCGGAACAGACUCCCACGAGAGGGUGUGAACUCUCAUUCCUUGGAGGUUGUAAAGCAGAAGUUGAAGGGCCAUCUGUCACGUAUGUUUUAGUUAUGAUUCCUUCAUCACGGGGUUAGCCUAGAUGACCCUUGGGGUCCCUUCCAACUCUACAAUUCUGUGAGUAAGCAGAAAAACAUAAUUAAGGGAGAUAUUUUGCAGGGCAUGGGGAAUGGCAUGUUUUCCAAGAGAGGGUAAAAUGUUGAUGAAAGCUCCCAUUUAUGCAGCUCUAAUAUGUUUUGUUGCAUCCAUAAGCUGAUGGUUCUUAGAAGGAACCUGGGUGCAGUGUCAUCAAAAAUCAUCCAUCCAUCCUUGAAUAAACUCAUUGCACUCAGAGAUAGUGAACUUUAUUGGUUUCUAGGAAAAUUCAGAAAACCUAUGAUCAGAAAAUUAAAAACCAGGAAGGGUUUAACUCUGCUACUUCAGACCACUCUGCAGAGCGAAAGUGCAGGAUCUGUAUAACCAGCCACUGUGCAUGGCUUUGGGGGGCUGGUUUUUUUGGUCAUGUAGUGAGACCUCCCAAGCAUUGCUUACAUUUCAUACGACGCUCCCUCUCAAUGUCAAUAUACCGUAUUUUUCGCUCUAUAAGAUGCACCAGACCACAAGACGCACCUAGUUUUUGGAGGAGGAAAACAAGGGGGGGGGGGAAAUCUGAAUCUCAGAAGCCAGAACAGCAAGAGGGAUCGCUGUGCAGUGAAAGCAACAAUCCCUCUUGCUGUUCUGGCUUCUGGGAUAGCUGCGCAGCCUGCAUUCGCUCCAUAAGACGCACACACAUUUCCCCUUACUUUUUAGGAGGGAAAAAGUGAGUCUUAUAGAGCAAAAAAUACGGUAUUUGGAGCCUCGGUUUUCUUUUUAGAGACUCUCACUGUCUUUGCCUUGAACCUUGUGUUCUUCAUUUCCCCUGAUGAUUGUUACUAUUCUUGUUUCCUUCCACUCAGGCUGUGGCCUCAGCAGCUCAGGCUGGGCUCCUUCAGCAGCAGGAGGAGCUAGAGAGGAAAGCAGCAGAGUUGGACAGGAAGGAGCGUGAGCUGCAGAACAGUGCAGCAGGAUUCAAUCGUGAGUCUUCAUUUAACAUUUUCUUAAAGCUCUUCUGUGCCUCCCUUCUGUUGUUGUUUCACCUGAAGUCAAAAUUCUUCCAAGCAGUACAGGUGUGCAAAUCCAGCAGGCUGCCAAGCAGCAGAGGCAGCUGCCUUAUUCCAGGUCAUAAGAACAUAAGCAGAGCUGGUUGGAUCAGGUCUUUUCAUGCCCAUGUCUUGUCGUGUUUUGUAACCCACAGAGCUCAUUGAAACAAGUCAAACAUGUUGGAGUAACUGGACACCAGAAGGGGUUGAUUUCCUUCAUGAGUGUAAAUUACUCUGUGGCUGAGCUAAUCGUAGGUGCAAUGGCAGCCAAGCCAGUUGCUAUGGCAACGGUCCAAUGCCCUGACUAUAUCUGUGAUUAAUGCAUGUAGGCUCCGUGAUGCGUGUCUGCUAGUCUGCAGUUUGUCUGUCUGACUGGUAGUCAGUUAACCAGUUGGUGUUACUUGUCCGGUCUUGAAUUGCUGAACUUGUUUAGAGCAACGGAGAUACUUGAUAUUUGUAGGUAUCUGUCUAUUUGUAAAAGCCUCAAAGCUAAUAUAUAGUACCUACGUCCAGAACUAUUUUACUGAGCCUUAUCUUCUGCAAUAGUAAAAUAUCAGAACCUUUCUCUGCUUCCAUGUGGUGACUGGUACUGGGAGCAACUUCUACGGUGUGGGUAUCUCACCUGAGAUUCCCAUUAAACACCUGAAAUUCCUUUUUUUUAAAGAAAUAUUCCAAAUAAGAAAUAAUCAAUGCAAAAUUAAGUUCAGUGUGUUUAGUGUUUGCUUUUCUUCUUUUCUUGGCAGCAGAAUUAGCUUCCUGUAGAAUCAUAUAACUGUGUUAUUACAGGCGGUGACCAUUUUGUGUGGGGGUUCCAUUCCUUAAAGCGCACAUAAGCCCGUUGCGCUCCCUCUUCCAUGUCCGAAAGGACCUGUGCGUCAGCAGUUGCGCAUCAUUUGCUGUAAAAUGGUUGCCUACAUAAUGUGAACCCUCCACUUUCCCCAUAUCACUGUGCGAAACCUCCCUCUGCCCUUGCAGCGAAACAGAACAACUGGCCUCCACUUCCCAAAAGCUGCCCGGUCAAGCCAUGUUUCUACCAAGACUUCUCUGCGGAUAUCCCAGCCGACUACCAGCGGACUUGCAAGAUGCUAUAUUACCUGUGGAUGUGUGAGUAAAACAGGCGAUGGCGGCUGGGAAGCUCUGCUCAGGAGAGUGGGCGAUUGUCACAGCACAGCCUUUUGACUCUGGAAGUGCUACAGUAAUUAGAAUGGAUCCCAGUACCCAGAAUGGCACGUCCUUUUAAACUAGACAUGAUGUUGUUCAUGUCUUUAGUCGUCUGUGGCUGUUGUGCUUUGUUUUUAAACUUGAAACAGUAACACAGUUUCCCAGUGCGGACUUAAUGGAGAAACCUUGGUUAUCUAAAGGUUUCCUGGCUUAUCACAGCAUGCAGAAGAGUGGAAGGGGUUUCUGAAGGACAGAGCAUGCCAAGAAGUGGUGGUGGGGAUGGGAAACUGCAUGUAUGCGAAGCCAAUAUUGGGUUGUCUGAACCAGACUCCAGGCUGUUGGAAUGAGCUGUGCCAAGGAAGUGAAUCAGUCUUGUUUGGCACAAUGAGCGCCGAACUGGGAGGUUGAUGCAGUUGGUUUUGGUACAGGGUGAGCGCGCACACGCAUACACAAUGUCCUGGAUCUGCUUUCAUAGACACCUCACUCUUUACAAAGGUCGCUUACUCACUGAUCAACUUUGCUGCUUUUGUUUUAUCCCGGACAGUCCACUCAGUUACACUGCUGCUGAACCUGCUGGCCUGCCUGGCGUGGUUCACAGACAGAAGCGAAAGAGGGGUAGACUUCGGCCUUUCCAUCCUGUGGUUUAUCAUAUUCACCCCCUGCGCUUUCCUCUGUUGGUAUCGGCCAGCCUACAAGGCUUUCAGGCAAGUACCACAUCCCAGAUUGGGAAAUUGAUCUUCAGUCUACAUGGUUGAUCAUAAUUUUCCUUGGGAGAACUUUGCAUGUUUGUAAUUUUAUUGAUGAAAGUAUUUCUGUACUGCAGUAUCAGGGUGAUGCAUUCUGGAAGCUUAGGAUCCGCUUCUGAAUGUGUGUGUCAGACAUGUUUCAAAGCAAGUUGUCUUGAAAACUUUGGAAUUAUAUUUUUUGUUGAACAUUAUAUACACUAAAGGUUGAGGAGAGAUUUUAGCGGUCACAUGCUUACCUGAGUUGUCUCUCACUCUUUGGCCAAGGAUUUCAGAGUAUGGUAGUCCCUCAGCCGCAGCAACCUUGUGAGGUUGGUUAGGGUUAAGGCAUCUUUCCACAACCUGAUUCCCUCCGUAUGUUUUGGACUAGAGCCAGAACUAGAACAGAGCCAAUCUGGCAAAGCCCUGUAUGCAGGUGUCAACCCCUUGCCUUAGUGGCACAGCUGGCCAGAGGCUUCUUCACUGGCACAGAUAAUGGGCAAGUUGCUCCCUUCCAUCAAUAAGCUUUGCGACACCAUAAAUCUAUAGGGCCAGCCAUAGUCUUGGUGAGUAAACUGGUAGGUUGGGUGGGGCAUGUGGAAAGGGAGGUGAUGUUUGGCGUGCAGAAGAAGGGUUGGCCUCUUGCCCCAGUGCCUGGCUCUAGGUUGGCUAAGCUGAGACACUCACUCUCAUUGCUAGCAGAAACAGUUUCCUUCAGUGACAGAAUCCCUGUGUCUCUUCCAGUCACUAUACAGGAUCUGGAGGUUUGCAACGGCUUGGCUCAGCACCCUAGCUAAGAAACAUCCCAUAGUUCCUCUUGUGCACCUCUGAUGAUAUUUGGCUUGACAUCACCUGUUCUUUCUCUUUGCAGGUCUGACAGUUCCUUCAGUUUCUUUGUCUUCUUCUUCGUAUUUUUUUGCCAGAUUGCCAUCUACAUCAUCCAGACCGUUGGCAUUCCUAACUGGGGCGUCAGGUAGGUCUGAAUUGCUGCCGCCCUGGAUGAGAGGCAGUCCUGGGCAACAAAGGGCCUCUUUGGAUCCAGGCACACAGUUGCCUGUGAGGCCUCUGUAGCUGUGCUCUUCUAAAGCUUCUCUCUUCUAUUCUGCGGCUUCCACAGAUCCCAGCUGAAGCGCCUCUAACUCCAAUGCUUCCUGCUCUUAAGUCCUUCGCCUGAAAGGCACGUAUCUCCUCUAACCUUUCCUAAUGCAUCCUCGUCUUGCCGUCAUUUCCCUUGCAUGCUCUCCUAUGCCUGCCUGCCUUCAGCAGUCCCUCUUCUCUGUUUUCUUGCCUGGCAGAGACCUCUCUCCCCACCCUUCACCGCCUUGCCUGCUCUCACUUGUUCAGCCCAGCACCACGUUGGUGAGAUGCAACAGCAGUAUCUACCUCCUCAAGAGAUGCACAAUCAAAAUGAACUCUGCUGGUGGGGAAGGAGAGAGAAAAGAUGGGCAUGUAGGCUCUGCAGGAGAGGAGGGGAACACACGUGCCGUUCCAGAUAGAGCGGUAGACUCGUAAUCUGGUGAACCGGGUUUGCUUCCCCGCUCCUCCACAUGCAGCUGCUGGGUGACCUUGGGCUAGUCACACUUCUCUGAAGUCUCUCAGCCCCACUCACCUCACAGAGUGUUUGUUGUGGGGAAGGAAGCCGCUUUGAGACUCCUUCGGGUAGUGAUAAAGCGGGAUAUCAAAUCCAAACUUCUUCUUCUUCUUGCCGAAGAGCAGCUCCCAUCAGCCCCAGCCACAUGGCCUGGGAGGAGGGGGAACUAAAUCAGGAGGGCCACAGGUUCCCUACUUGCCAGUCUAUGGGGUGUCUUUCUGGGCUCAAAGAAGGAACCCCAUGCAAAGGGAGGAAACUUUGUCCAUAUAUUGGCAUGGCUCCACCAUUGCCCUCUGCUAUUCCCAGAUGUUGCUGGACUACAACACUCCCCUCACCCCUGACUACCAGCCAUGCUGGCUGGGGCUUAUGGGAGUUGUAGUUUAGCAAGAUCUGAAGAGCCACAGAUGGAAAAUAGGCCAGUGGGAAGUGACGAGGGACUUGCAGAAGUGGCAAGUGAAAUACGGGCGGCAGCUAUUUUGCACGGGGGUUCCCUGCCUGGCCUCCACACACAUUGGUGGAUCAUGCAUAAGCCUGCCCCAUUCUGCCCCUGUUCUGCCCUCUUCUGGGUCCAAAAGGACCUGUGCGUCGGCAGUUGCACGUCAAGUGGAUGCGUGCAAAAUGGUCCCCGCCUCUUCUUAAGAGAGGUGUUGUGACUUCAGCUCUUGUUGCUUAGACGCCACUUCAUCAAAUGCUCAGGUAUGUACAACUCUGAAGAUAAGUGAAGUGGGAUCUCUUUCAUUUCAUGGUCUUCUGUUUCCUGUAUUUACUACUUUCUCUCCCACAUGUGUGGGUGUGUUUGAAUGGGAGAGAGUGAGCUCAGCUGAAGGCAACAUUUCAUGCAUCUGAUGACAUGGGCUCUUUUCCACAUGAGCUUCUGCCACAAUAAAUUGCACUUCAUUAAGAGGCCACAGGACUCCCAUGUUGAUUCUGUUGCAACAGAAUGACCCAGCUUCCCCUCUGAAAGUUGUCUUAAGGGGACAUGCAGAGAAGGGGCAGCCUAUACUUGUCCCUGGGAUGGAUUCCAGGGAAUGGUCUAUGUCUCCCCAAACUUUGCACGAUGCUAACCUAGUUUCAAAAGGCAGAGUCCCAGCAAUCCAUGUGCUACAUAUUUAAGCUCUGGUCAAUGAAAGAGACAAAAUAAGGCCCCAAAGUAAUCCAGAAAGUUGCUUCAGAGUCUUCUCUCUCUCUAUAUAUAUAUAUAUUUGACAUAUCUUUGAAUAAUCUUCAGUAUUGUAUGUGGCAGUAUUAGCUUCAGGGGCCCUUUCAGGUCAGACUUGGUGUUUAUUUUUCUAUGUAGCCUGGAGAAAGUCCUCUGGGCUUUGCCAUAUUCCAGCCAUCCCUGACUAUCACAUUUAGUCAUGCUCAAAACUUUCUUUCUUUCUUUCUUUCUUUCUUUCUUUCUUUCUUUCUUUCUUUCUGCCUGCUUGACUUUAGAGAGUUGGUUGCUUUUAUGAUUUUAACCAAAUCCGAUCCUGAAUAGCAAAUAAUUUUCCCUGUUGGCCUAUUCUCAUGAUUUCCUCAGAGGAGCAAAGAGAAGAUGGCUAAUGAAACAAGAGAAGGUCUUCAUCUCCUUCAGUUGUAGCCCAAAUUAUGAAAUUCGGAUUAACUACUAAAUGUUUGCGGUUGCUUGUAGGCUUUAUAAGCUGGCUUGGGUUUCCAAAAGGCAGUGACAGGGUAUUUGUAUAAAUAAAAUAUAAUUUUGGCAUUACAUUUUAGUCUACAGUCUUAUAGGGACAUUUCUUUGCACAUACAUUCACACUUUCCUGGAAGUAAGUUGGACACAAUAGGAUUCUUACCUGGUAAACAUACAACAGUUCACAUCCAUGUAAAGUGGUGGUUUCACAUUUGUACAGGAGAGUAUUUGUACUUUUUUAUAUAUAAAAAAAGUCCUUAAUAGACGGUGUGUAUUCUAGCAAAUCUUGGUUAGUCUUGAACUCUGUAUGAUAUUGGCAUUGGGCACAAUGGAAAGGCAAGAUCUAUGUGAAUGUUUGUAGAUAGCUGCUGCCUCAAAGAAGCUUGGAUUCAGGGGACGGCCAUAGCUCAGUGGUAAGCGCAUUGGGUUUGCAUGGAAAAGGUCCUGUGGUCAGUGCUCCAGUGUCGGCAGUGCUGAGCCAGAUGAGCCCCACGGCCUGAUUUUGUAUAAAGCAGCUGCCUAUGAUAUUUUUCCUUCUCUUUGUCUUUGGUCAUUGCAGACAAUGAUAGACAUCCAGGACUUUCCAAAAUUCAAGGUUCAGAGAAGCUAAAGCAAAACACAUUGAUGUGCAGAAUAUGGGCUCCCACGCAGAAUUUCCUUUCCUUAGAAAAUAAAUUUGGUUUAUUUAAGACACGGUUUCUCGAUUAAAAUCAGUUCAAUAUAUUUCUCAUAUCUGAGUAAUGUACUUUUAAAGGACUGAACUGCAAACAAAGUAUUUGUGGCUAAGGGUGAAAAAUAAUAAAAUUUAUUAACUAAAAUGUGCAGCUGAGUUUAUAAAAGCAUAAAGAUCGUGGAUAUGGAAUUUGUGGGGCAGCAGAAAGUUUCCAGCUGGGUCCCAUCUGGAACUGUCCAGCCAUAAUAGAAACUCCCUACUCAAGACGCAGUAUAUUCAGACCUAUGAGUUGCUGGGGGCAAUGGCUGGAAAGGACCAUUCUGCCCCUGCCUGCUUCUAGGUUUCCCAUCAACAUGGUCAGUCACCCAGGUAAGCAGAAUGCUGGACGAGGUGGGCCUUUGGUCUGAUUCAGAAGGGCUCUUUUCCAAUUUACGCCCGCAGAGUUUGUCCCCCUAACCACCACCCACAGUCUUCUUGCUCCUUUCCUUGCUCACCCGGGUUUUUAUCUCACUCUGUUCCAGUGGCUGGAUUGCAGCUCUCUCGGAGACUGGGCAUAACUUGGCAGUGGCAAUCAUCAUGCUGGUGGUGGCUGUGUUCUUCACCGUCUGUUCCGUUCUCUCUCUCUUCCUCUUGAAGCAGGUGAGUUGGGGACCAGACGGAAAUGCUGCUCGCUGAGUCCAGGGCUGCAGCCCUUGCCAUGCUGCUUUACAGAAGGGAACCAAGAGCAGGAGUUUUGUCCUCGCUCAUGCAUCCUGUCUCUCCUCAGUGUCUUCAGUGCCUACUGCUGAUGGGGCUGAUCAGCAGCUUCUGCGGUGGAUCAGUAACAUAUUAUAACCUGACAUUUGAGAAUUGCUAUUUAGAACCUCAGAGAUUGCCUCAACACCUUGAACUUGGUCUGGAGACAAAUUGGUGGCCUGUGCAGAUGUUUCAAAGUAUAUGCUAUGGGAAAGAGUGAAUGUUGGACAACUAAGCCUUCCCUGACCCUGGCGCUCUCCAGAUGUUGUUAGAUUCCAACCCUCAUCAGCCCUAGCCAGCAUAGCCAGUGGUUGGGGGGUGGGAACUGUAGGGCUGUCAGUUCACCCCCUUCAGUGUCACCAGGAGGAGUGCUGCCUGGACCCUGUGGUGAGGAAAAUGUGCCGCACUCAACACUGAUAUUGCUGGACCACAGCUGCCACAUCCCUGACCAUGGGCCAUGCUGGCUGGGGCUGGUGGGAUUUGGAGGACCACAGGUUCCCUGUCCCUGCCCUAAACGAAUUCCAGUUGCUCUGCCAAGGCAUCUAUUUAAUUCAGGCUUGGAGACCCGCAGCCUAGAAUACCUUCCAUGUAAAUGUUGUGUGACACCCUGCAAAAGAGUCAGUUCGAAACAUUCUGGAAACACAUCUGACGCAGAAGAGCUGCUGUGAGGUGCGAUUUGGGUGUUGGAUCAGGAAACCCAGAUUUAAAUCCCUGCUCAUUCACAAAGCUGACUAGAGGACCUUGGGCCUCACCAACUUCCCCAUGGGUGGUUCUAAGUAUAAAGGGCUGGGGGUGACUCUGUAUGCUGUGAGCUAUUUUGAGGAAAGGCGGGGAUAACCUCCCCCCAAGUUUAGUGUAAGCUCUCUUGGGAGAGUUCCACCUCAAAUUGGGGGUGGCAUAUUCAAAUGUUUUCCCAAGGAAAACAGUGGCCUGCGUAAGGAAAACUAGCAUCCUGAGAAGUAGAUCAUUUUCUCACCUGGUCACCUCACUGAAAUGCUAGUUUCUUACAUGCUUUGCUUUUUGAUUUGAUUCAGGCAUGAUCCUUCACCUGCCUUUUGUGUGUGUACGUACACACACACACACACACACACACACACACACAGCCCCUUUGGUGUUCCAAAUAGGUAACAAGAUAUCCAAGGACUGUGGCUCUCGCUGCUCCUGGCCUUUGGUCUCUGGGUGGCAGAUGGGAGGUGCGGCAAGUAGUGCUCCACACCGGCUGCAGAAGCAGGGAAGUGGCCCUGCUGACGCCUUGUCUCUUCUGCUCCUCAGGUCCACUCUCAGUAUCGCCGGACGGGCGCCAGCUUCCAGAGGGCCCAGGAGGAGUUCUCGCAAGGCAUCCUCACCAACCGGACCGUCCAGAAUGCUGCUGCCGGGGCCGCCUCAACUGCUGCCCAGAGCGCUUUCCGGGGGAACUGAAGUCCCCCAGACAGGGCCAGCGUCUUGCUCUCUUCCACACUUGCUCUCACCACUCCCUGGUCUUCCACAGUUCAGGAGGCUCUCUCCAUGGGUACCAGUCUUGGCACCAAGAUACUUGCUGGAAGAGGCGUAUCUUGAGCUUUGUCCUGCCUGCAUCUGUGUCUCUUCGGUGGGAAGGGCCAGGGCAGUGUAUGGUGUUCUCUUCCCCAACCCCAAUCUCAUAAAUCAAAUAUAUUUCCCCAUUUAGACCUGGGUGUGUACAUUUCCUUCACUCCUUCCUUCUAUUGCAGGGGUUUGGGGGAAGCCAGAUUUGCACUUUUCAAUUUCUCUUCCACUAGACCCCGCCAUGAGGAAUGGACUUUUUCCUUCCUAACAUCAGCCCUUGGGGUGCUAUCAGAAGUCGCUGCACUUCUUGCUUUUUGGUUUUAAUUAGUUGCUGAUCUUUCACCGCCAUGGUAAGGGAUGUUUGGGGCAAGUUUUGGUGUACGCGUCUACUCUGUGAUCCAAGGGAGUGCAAGUGGAGGAACAACCUGCCUUCUUGGUUAAUUCUGCCCUGCUGCCCCGUUAAAGGUAACUUGACUGGUAGAGCAUAAAAUCCCUUCAGCCCCACCCUCGGCAAAAGGUGGCUUCCUGUGGAUUCUUGUGGGCGCAUCCUUCACCCUAGCCUUAAUUUUUUGUGUGUUGGGGCCACCCUGGAGGUUCCUUGCUUGCAACACUGGUUUUUGGAUCCAGGGAUGGAGUCUGAGUCAUCAAAUCAGCUUUGAGGGGAAGGGGCAAUCUUCUCUCAGCAGUUUUUUCACUAUUUGUUGUGAUCCUGUCCUGAUCUCAGUUGAUAUCCCAACUUCUGCCCCAAGGUGUUCUCCUCUUCUCCAGCCAGCCGCUCUCUCAGCACUCCAGGGAAUGAGGAACUCCAGGAGGCAAACGAGAGUUGUCAAGAGAAAGGGCAAGAUUAGCCGAAGAGCCUGUUUGCCUAAGGGGGGGCUUAACAUAACCAUUGCCUGGCUGGAUGUGUGACAUGGCUCCUAGUUGUGAUCCAUUCAAAGAGCCUUCAUUGGCUGUGAUUUUGGUAUAGCAAAUGAAUGGCUAUUUUCACCAUACUUCCAUGUUUUUCUACCCCAGGGGAAGAACCCCAUUAUCCUGAGAAGCUUCUCUCUUUCUCUCCCUCUCCCUCUCCCUCUCUCUCUCUCUCUCUCACACACACACACACACACUAAGGGAAUCCCUAGUUUUUGUUUGCUUGUCUCCUUGAGCACAAGCUGUGAAGAAUACUCAUUCCCUUAAGCUUCACUUGAGUGAAUUGGAACUGCAGGUUAUGCCUUGGAGUCUGUUUGAAUGGGUGGUGCAAACUGUGAACCUCGUAACUCCCAUGGACUGAAAGGGGCAGGAUUGCGAGGGGGGGCGGUAAUUUGACCAGGGGCAGAGAAAGGAGCACGUGUGAGACCCAGGAACUGAACUUGGGCUUCAGAAAUGCCUUGAGAUAUGCUGGGUGUGUAACUGGAAGCACUAUUUUAGCCUGUGUGAACAAAGGGGUGCAGAAGCAAGAACCAGCCACACCUACCACCACCUAAACUGCAUGCUUGCUUGCUUUGACUCUUGUCUCCAAGAGGUGUGCUUUGUCUUGGGGAGAUGUAGAUGACCAGGAAUAGUGCUCUUAAGUCACUAAAAGAUCUGUCACUCAUGGCUGUUUCUCUUAACACUUUGGCUUAGCUGAUCUGAAAUGCAUAUGGGGCUCCAUGAGCUGAGCUGCCUGCAGGCUGCUUUCAGUGGAAGCACAAGGGAAUGUUCAGAGGAGUAAGACACUGGAAGUCUUGCUGACGGUUUUUCUUUGCUUUUGCUUGUUUUCACGAUCUCAGUGUCUUUUCCGAAAUAGUUCCUUUGAUUGUUUCCAAACCUCUCUCCUGGAGGGUUAACACAGCCCAUCACAUCCCAGAAAAGUAUCUGCUGAUGUCUGUUUUCUUCCCUUUCCCUCCCCACCUCCCCCUUUUGAGUAAAAGUAAUGAUGGCAGAAAUGAGAUUUUUAAAAUGUCUUCCCUUCCUGGGUGUAUUUUCCAGCGCUCUGAUCUUUUUCAUGUAAAAAUGUAUAUGUCGAAACUUUUUGUGCUCAGAUACAAAAAUAAAAAUGUCAAGACUGUGUUAGUACAUGCUUGUGAAUCAG